AAGUCUACAAACAUGUUCACUUCAAAAGUAAAAGGCUACAUGUAGAUGCCAUCUGCUUACAAGUAAAAAGGGUUUGUCGAGUCAAAGCUUCAUUCCGCAGCUCUUUUGUUUGGAGUGGCGAGUGCUCGCAUGCUUUCGUCUUGUCGCAACUUGUAUUUUUUAACCCCAAGUCUCCGUGAAAGUCGUCUUUCUGCACGAAAAGUAUAUCGCCUUCUUCUUCAAGCCAUCGGAAGUGCAAGAAUGGCACAUCACGAUGGAAGAGACUCAGCUGACUUCACCCGUGGGAUAUCAUUGCAAGAUAUCGGCUGCGAUGAUUCCAACCCAUCGCGUAGUGACCUAACAAAACUGCUAACUGGUCUCGACAUCAGUGAAAAGGGACUGUCCGCGCUGAACCUUCAACUAGGCGGAGAGGCAGACGAUCACGAUGGUCCGUCAGGAUUGAAAACACAUAGCUCAAGAGUAUUUGUCAACCGCAGUCUGAACAUGAAUACGAUUAAGUACGUUGGUUUUGACAUGGACUACACACUAGCAAUUUACAAAUCGCCAAUCUAUGAGCAAACCUCGUAUGAUUUGAUCAUGAAGCGGCUAGUGGAGAUCGGCUAUCCGAAGGAGCUGCUAGACAUCGAGUAUGAUCCGUCUUUUCCACAACGAGGGCUGUUCUUUGAUAAAGAGUAUGGUAACUUACUCAAGCUGGAUAUGUAUGGCAACAUCCUCUUGUGCCAGCAUGGCUUCAGUGACGUUGACCAAGCCGUGAUUCGCCAAUGCUACCCCAACAAGUUCGUCUCGCCCGCUGAGAGUCGCUAUUUCGGUAUGAACACACUGUUCAAUCUGCCUGAAGUGUACAUCCAGGCAUGCCUGGUGAACUACUACGAUACCCAUGCUGAUUUCAAGAAGCUGAAAUCAGGAACAGGCGUGGAGAGCGAGGAUCUCAUUCUCCUCUACAGCAGCAUCUUUCAGGAUAUCCGCAUGGCUGUUGACUACAUUCACAUAGAGGGCAAUCUAAAGCAGAAGACUAUCGAGAACCUGGGCUUGUACAUUGCCAAGGAUGAACGUCUUCCUCGCUUGUUGAAAGAGAUCCGUGAUUCCAAGCGGAAGGUCUUUCUCAUCACCAACAGUGGCUGGCACUACACAGAUGCGGUGAUGGAAUAUCUGUUUGACUUCCCGCAUGGCCCAGAGCGUGGCAGUGAGCACCGGCCAUGGAGAAGUUACUUUGACUACAUCGUCGUGGACGCGAAGAAGCCGCUGUUCUUUGAAACAGGAACUGCUCUUCGUCAAGUAGACACUAAAACAGGUGCGCUGAAAAUGGGCAAAUUCAAGGGCACAGUGCGAGAAGGAGAGAGCGUCUGGGCAGGUGGUUCGUCUGAUUCAUUCUGUCAAUUGUCAGGAGCAAGAGGGAAGGAGAUUCUCUUUGUAGGUGACCACAUUUUUGGGGAUAUCUUGCGUUCCAAGAAACGCCAAGGCUGGAGAACGUUUCUCGUUGUGCCCGAGCUGAACGAGGAGAUCCGAGACUGGCAGUCUGCGCAGGCCUCCUUCAGCAGGCUCAAGAUUUUGGAGUACUCCCUAUCCAGAAUGUGCCGAACUCCUGGAGGGCCCGACCGGGAUGCACCGGAGAAAGACAUUGAGAAGAUCCGCACUGAAAUCAAGAAAACUGCCGGAGACAUGGAUAGGUGUCACGGAUCACGGUUUGGCAGUCUGUUCAGAAGCGGUUCUCGUCAGUCUUACUUCGCCAUGCAGGCCAUGCGCUAUGCUGACCUGUACGCCGAGUCGUUUAUCAACCUUAUCCACUACCCGCCGCGCUACCUCUUCCGGGCUCCACAUCAACUGAUGCCUCACGAGCAGUUCCUACCAUCAGUAUCGGAACCGAAGGCAUCGCCUGGAGUGCGAACAAUCUCGGAAGAUAGCCCACUUAGAAUAGCACAAUCAGCUAGCACAUACCACGAUGAAGAUGAUGAGGAUAGUGAUGAGACAGCCCAGAACUCACCACACCUGUCGACUCGUACUGCAAACUGAGUUUCUAGCCGCUAGGAUACGAGUUUUUUUUUAAUUGCUUGCUGACUUUUCAUGGUAGGUCGUUGUGGAUGCUUGUGUGUUGUCAGCGGUUGUGUCAUAGUGGCUGUUGUUGUUGUCGGCAUUGCUGCGUUCGUAUCUAAUUGUUGCCGUCUUCGUUGUGCUGCCGCUGGUGCUGUUGCCGUUGUUGUCGUCGCUGGCAUUGGGCUGCGUGCUUGUUGGUGGACUGUGUGUGGUGGUUGCCUUGCCAGUCCGUGCCUGUGUAGCAUUUCAUCAGUUUAACGGAUACCUCACUCUAGACUGAAAUCGGACAAUAUCUCCUUGUACCUUGUACCACUGCCUCUAUAUUACCAGUAUCUACUUGUACCUUGUACCACUGCCUCUAUAUUACCAGUAUCCCAUUCUUUCCAUCGUGAUCCCCUCUACUUGGGCUACCACCGUUAUAGUUUUCUCAUCCCCGAGCAUUUAUUCUCAGUGUACUUGAGAGCGACACCGCGUGUUAUACUCGUUAUCAUGCACAUCGCUACCCACCAUCACACGUUCACGCGUGCUUCUCGCGUACACGGUGUGCUUUCCGCCGCUUUCCUAAAGGCGCUUUCUUGUUACAAGUACCCACGCAUGAACUCAGCGUAUCCUGUUGUGGUAUAUCACCGCUGCCCUCUUACCAUACUUUCUCGUUAUCCUGCUCGUGUACUAGUUUCACGAAAAGCACACAGCCUUCCCUGCAUUCGAUUUGCACUUGUUUCUUAUAGCGGCGCGAUUAGGUUUCCUUUUUUGGCGCAUUUAGCUUUCCUUUUAUACCCAAUGCUGUAUGUGUGUUCCUUAUAAUAUAUUUUUAUGUUAUCAACGUCACCCUGUCGCAUUUCAUUUAUUUUUCUAAUGCUGUAUGUGUAAUGAUCUAUUCCAACCCACAGGCCAGCUUGGAGGCCGCUAGCCAGUUCUCCUCCGUACAAGCACUACACAGCUCCUAUUCUGUUUUGCCUCUCGUGUCUAUUUUCGUGUGAGGUUUGCACCCUUGUUUGCUUACUUACGCACGCACAAUACUCUUUCCCGCUGCAAUUGGUCAGACCCACAAUGCAUUCAUGAGGCGAGUUCUCGUCUUGUGUUCAACCAUCGUCUUGUACAGUUUCAUACUCGAUUUCUUGUGUUGGCUUUACAUUUUUUCAGGUUGUACUCAACUGGUCUUUAAAAAAAAAAACUUACUGAAGUAGGCUCGUCAGCUCA